ACAUGGUGGGCACAAGAAGUCACAUUUUAUUGGUGCAACAGCAAUAUGUGGUUCAUUUAAGCCACUAUCAAGAUACCAUGAAACUUUGAAGAUAGAUCUGAAUCUUCCGUGCAGCUAAAGUUAUAGAUUAUUACUACCAGAAUUGUAGUCCUUAAUCAAGUUCACAGUCCAGUUGAUCUAUUAUUUCACAAACUACAUUGUCAAGAAGAGAUGAAAGGUAGUGAUAUAUUCUGUGCAUCUCAAGUUGCAACAUCUGUUUGUCUGAGUAUGGAAGAAUCCUCUUCUUCUUCUUCGACCAUUCAACUUGGCCUUGGGAGUGGCCGAUCUAUAGACAGGUACAAUCCCAUUAUCAGAGACUCGAGAAGAAACGGAAAAUCCCUCCCACCUUGCAAUUCACAGCAGCAGCCUAUUAGUCCCAAGCAACGCAAAAAACAGCAGAAAAAUAACCGGCAGAACUCUUCAGAGGAGAAUGCUGAAGAAGAAAAAAUGAAAUUCAUGAAGCCAAAUGGUCAAAAAAUAAAAAGCGGUAAUUUCGAUACAAAUGAGGAUGAUAAUAAGAUUAAUUCUAGCGAUAUAAGGAAGAGCUGGAGUUGCACCAGGGCUGGAGAUUAUAUCAGCCCUGCGAGUUCUACUAGGUACUUGUUGAAUGAUAAAUCUCCCUUGGGCGGGUUAUCGGAAUCUGAUCCUGGUCUGGAAUUGGUUCCUGGAGAUGAAUCCAAGCUGUCUGAAGCCAAGGAAACAGAUGAGUCGUCCGAUUCAAAACCGCCAUCUCCACUACAGGUGGUUGUUCUUAGAGUGUCACUAGAUUGUAGAGGAUGCGAAAAGAAAUUGAAAAAACAUAUCUCUAAAAUGGAAGGGGUAACUUCUUUCAACAUAGAUUUUGCGGGGAAGAAGGUGACGGUGAUUGGAAAUGUGACUUCAUUGGGUGUCCUUGAAAGCAUAUCAAAGUUGAGGAAUGCCAUGUCGUGGAGGCCGGCGCUACUUGAUUCUGGCACCUCACUACUAUAGAAGGACUACAUAGGAAUAGUUGCUUCAUAGUUCCAGUGCAAGGAUUUUAUGCAAAUCGCAUGUUACAUUUAGCUGGUGUAAAUUAGGUUUAUUGUUUAUGAGUUGUCACUUUCUUGAAACUAUUGCUUUCUAUUGGACAUUAAUUGUGAGGCUAGCUAAAUAUUUUGCUUCACUUUUGAUUCAAAA